CUUCAAGUAACCAACACUCGCAAAUGAAGCUAGUUUUGCUCUGCUUUUAAAAAACAAACAAAUGGCUCUAAAGUCAAAGCUUUGUUUGCUUGUCGUACUCUUGUCUGUUGUAGCUCUUAAUGUAGCUUUUGCCAAGGAAGAUCCGGAGCUGAAGCAGUGCAAGCACCAGUGCAGACAACAACAAGGAUUUGACGACAAACAGAAGCAAAACUGCGAGCGAGACUGUGAGGAAUAUCUCAAACAGAAGGAGGAGAUAGAGAGACAAAAAGAAAAGGAAAGAGAAGAGCACGAAAGAGGAGGAGGAGGAGAAGGAUGGGAAUUUUAUACAAGGAACGAAAGCCAGGAAGGAGAAGGAGAGGAUCAACAACAACGACAAGAAGAAGAAGAUGAAGAAGAAGAAAAUCCAUAUGUGUUUGAGGAAGAGCAUUUCGACACAUGGGUUGGGACUCGGGAAGGCAGAGUUGAGGUCCUUCCCAAGUUCACCAAGAGGUCUAAUCUUCUGAGAGGCAUUGAGAAUUAUCGUGUGGGAUUUCUUGAGGCAAACCCCAACACAUUUGUGUCUCCUUCUCAUUUUGAUGCUGACAUUGUUCUCUUUGUUGUCCAAGGGAAAGCAACUGUUACCAUCAUGAAGAAGGAAAAGAAAGAGAGUCAUAAUCUUAAACGUGGAUAUAUCCUUAAGGUUCCAGCAGGCCACCCUUUUUAUCUGACCAGCACUGACGAAAAUGAAAACCUCUUCAUUGUGAAGUUAUUCCGCCCCAUCUUUCUCUCUGGUCACUAUGAGGCAUUUUAUGGACCAGGUGGUCAAGAUCCUGAAUCGUUCUACACAGCAUUCAGUUGGGACCUACUUGAGGCCGCUUUUAAGACCGAUAGAAAUAGAUUGAAGAGGCUGUUUAGACAACAAAAAUUAGGCAGCAUCAUGAAGGUGUCCAAAGAACAGGUUCAGGGGCUGAGCAAACGCGGGGAAGGUGGCUCAGGCAUUUGGCCUUUUGGAAGUGAAUCGGGCUCAUUCAAUCUAUUCAGGAAACGUCCCUCUAAGGCUAACAAAUAUGGUCAUCUUCACGAAGUUGAUUCUAAGGAUUACGAGGAGCUCCAAAACCUCAACCUCAUGAUCUCCUAUGCUAACAUCACCAGAGGGGCUAUGACUGCACCCCUUUACAACUCAAGGGCAACAAAGAUAGCUUUUGUUAUAGAUGGUGAAGGUUGCUUUGAGAUGGCUUGCCCUCAUCUUUCAUCUGGGUCGUCAAGUGAGCAAUAUGGACAUGGCCAGGGAAGUAGAAGCUCCAUGCAGAAACAGAAGAAAAGCAAAAGAUACCAGAGGGUAAGUGGACGCCUGACACGUGGCGUGGUGUUUAUUGUCCCGGCGGGUCAUCCAUAUUCUCUUGUUGCUUCACCAAGUAAUAACCUUGAGGUUGUCUGCUUUGAGGUUGACUCGGAAGGAAAUAUCAAAUAUCCUCUUGCAGGGGAUGAAAACUUUGUGAAACAGAUGGAUGGGAUAGCGAAAGAGUUGGCCUUCAACGUGCCAAACAAAGAAGUUGAUAGGAUCUUCGGGAACCAAGAACACAAUUUCUUUUUGCCAGGGCCAACACAACAAAAGCAAGGUGGGCGUGCCUAUGCAUGAGAGUAAAAUGCGAUAUGAAUGAUCAAGAGGAAGGUGAAGUGGGUUUUCUGUGGAAAGUCUUUUGAAGGCACUAUUAUGGUUAAGAUGCUAGGAUUUUGUGGUUGGAGGACUAUGUACGUAUAAAAUAUGUGCAUAUAGAAGCUAACUGUAACUGUCCCCCCCCUCCACCCCAAAAAAAAAUGAUAUAUAAAUAAAUAAAAAUGCGUUUUAACUCAAA